UUAGGGGAGGCCUUUAUAAGAGCGUGCUGGCCAGGUCAUGGUUUCUCAGUGUGUCACUGUUGAACGAUUCCAUCACACAGACCGUGGUCCUGCUCUGACCUGGGAAGAGCAAGGGAAAAAACCACUUCACAGAAAGUGAGGAAGAUGAGGAUGAAGGGGGCUUUGGUCCUUCUCUGCAUGGUGUCAACGUGUGGAGCUCAGAAACGGACACAGAAAAGCCAGCGCUGGGACGCUGCAGCAGAACACACCUACGACAGAACUUGUUCCAACCUGACUCAGGUUCUGGACAACUGGAAAUUUGCUAUUGUCAGCCAAGUGAAAGAUCUGCUGAUAAAUGACCAUGCCUCCGUCCUCCCUGAAUACAACAGGAUCCAACCACUGUCAGAAGCACUGGGAGACCUCUACAGGAAGUUCAACUCGCUGAAAGACGAGCUGGGGAGACUCGGCACAAAGUUUGACCUAGUGGAGGCUUUUGUGGACGACCUCAGGAACGGCAGACCCACUCAGCCUGAGCGACCCGCACCGAGAAUUCACCACAGGAUUGGACUGAGGUCUCCACUGCAGGCACAGAUGAGGGCUCCUGGCAGGAGGAUUGUCAGGGGGCCAACACUGAUCGGAGAGAGGAGGAAAGGGCUUCAGACACCUUAGACCCCUUUCUCGGUGGUUAGAUAUGCUGAUGCGUUGAACAGGAGCAGAUGUGUUCAUAUUUUGUUCAGAAGACUUAGAAGAAUAUCUGGUAUUUUAUGUGUGUGAUGUGAGAAAAGAUGACGUAAAGAAAACUUAGUAGUAAUAGACUUCAAAUGUACUCAUCUUUGCCUCUCUGUGCAAAGUCACUUUCAACCACAGGGAGGCAGGAUCUAUCAAAUUAUCCCUGACUGUUAUCUGGCUGCUCUGUGUAAAACCUUAAAGUAACAUGACAUACUGCAGCUAUGUCUCCUCUUACAAUACGAUGAGCAGAGGAAUGUUAUUAAUGAGAGUUAAUUAUGGUGAUGAGUUUGUAAAAAUAAAGGUGGUGGUUUUAUCCCUUUUGAAAUUAAAGUAACAAAAGCGUGACAAUAGAAUUGACAAUGUUUUGUUGUACAAAUAAAAGCUUUUGCCUCUGCUGACAGUAACGGACGUAGUUGAGGCAUGAAGGUCGAACAAAGCUCCUCAUAGCAGUGGAGCAUUGUCACUGUUGCAUCCUCCAAAUCAUAGCGUCUAAAUAUAGAUGGACAACAUGCCUCCACGUCCUCCCACUUUCCAGAGAGGAAGCUAGAAUAGAUGGCAUAUAAGAAUUCUGCCGUUUUCCGGCAAUUAUUUAAUGUGGAGCUUGCAUCUCGACCAAUCACAAAUCAGUCUCAGCUGUCAAUUAUGAUGUUUAACCGAUUUUUAUAGCAUCAAUAAAUGAUUGAAACUACA